CCGGGCCGAGAUCGAAAGUUCAUCAUGCAGUGGCUUCUACACGUUGUCCUUUGCCUUUGCGCAUUUAAUUCCCUCGAGAUCGAAGCUCGACAAAUAAGGAUAAAUCGGUAUGCGGCCAGUGUGCAGGAGGAUCAGGCUGUUGAGGUUAAGGCAGCUCCAUAUCCAGCAGCGGGCUAUAGGCCACAAGGUCGCUCCUUCUGGCUGCCAGGAGAAGUGGAGGUUGAGGUCAGAGAAGUGCCAGCCGAAGUGGAAGUAGAGGUCCUGGAAGGGUCAGGACUGCCUGCGGAUCAACUAACCACCACAACCGAGUUGCCUCUUGAGGAUCUCUCGACCAGCACUACGGAAUCAACUGGAGACUGGAGCACCACCACCAGCUGGGAUUCCCUGGACACCACAACUCUUCCUACUGCAGUGGAGUCCCGUUCCAGUCGGGCUUUUGUGAAAGCCCCUUAUCCACCAGCUGGAUACCGACCAAGUCGCGCCUUCCGCCUGCCUACAGAGCAGAACCCGGAGGAACAGCAGCAGAUCUCCGCCAGCAAUUCCACUGAGAGCAACGCUGAUCACCCAGUCUGCGGUGUCAGUACUGAUCCCUUAAAACCCACACCGGAACCAGGAUCCAAGGAUGAACCUGAUGCGGAGAGUGUGGUCUUUACCGCUAACGUGGGACCGGCUGUCAUUGUUGCCAGAGCUCCGUCCUCCAUUCCGGUGGCCAUUCCCCUGCGGUCGCAACCUCUGAUGCAGGCUCCGAGGUCCCGCGGAUUCGUUUACACCACGCAUGUGGAGCAGCGGUGGUGAGAAGUACCCUAAUUCUUGUUAACAGUUCAGUAUUUUUAGUUACUUUUGUGUGUGAAAAAUAAACGACCUUUAUUGUUAUUUACCAUAAA